UGACGAGGGCACGAGAGAGACGGCUCGAAGAUAGAAAAGGAUGGCUAGCCAGUGAAUUAUACACGAAUGUGACCAUUUAUAGAUGGAAGAAGAGAUGAACAUUUCCUUCAAGUUGUCCAUCUCUCUGUCCAUUCUUAAAAAGGUGUAACAAUAUUGUGUGAGUGACAGGACACUGCAAUAUAGAGCAGGGAGACCACUGUUAGUUCAUAUGACCAGUCAGCUGGACAAAGGGCAGGGAGACCACCGGACAUAACACUGAAGUUAGUUUAAGUGACCAGUCAGCUGGACAAAAAAAAUCAUUUACGUAUAUGAAUGGGGGAGGAUGUAACUUACAGACACACAAGGACACACAGACAAUAAACCAUACAAGUAAUGAUGGAUGUGGGAAGGUAUUGAGUCAAAAAGGAAAUUUACAGGAUAAAGGAGGUUGCCUAUAUACAGGUGAUUAGUCAUUUUAGGCAUGACGUUCAAUCAGUCCAAAGACUUAAGAAUACACACAUGUGAUGAAGCCUCCACACAUGAUGAAACCUCCACACAUGAUGAAACCUCCACAUGUGAUGAAACCUCCACAUGUGAUGAAACCUCCACACAUGAUGAAACCUCCGCACGUGAUGAAACCUCCACAUGUGAUGAAACCUCCACACAUGAUGAAACCUCCACACAUGAUGAAACCUCCACAUGUGAUCUCUGUGGGAAGACAUUUAAUACAGGAGGACAUUUGGAAAGCCACAGAGAGACACAUUCAUGUGAAAAGCUUUAUCCAUGUGGUGUGUGCAAGAAGGUCUUUACUAAGGUGAAAUCUUUACAAACACAUGUGAGGAUACAUACAGGUGACAAACUGAAUCUGUGUCAUGUCUGUGGGAAGGCAUUUAUGCCAGGACGUGAUUUUCAGAGACACUUGAGGACACAUACGAGUGAUAAGCCUUAUAAAUGUGGUGUCUGUGCAAAGGCUUUUACCGAGAAACGACAUCUACAACAUCACUGGAGGAUACAUACAGGUGAUAAACCUUAUACAUGUGAUGUCUGUGGAAAAAUGUUUAGACGAACUAGUACUUUGCAUAGACAUGUGAGGAUUCACACAGGUUAUAAGCCGUAUAUAUGUAGUUUCUGUGGGAAAGCGUUUAGUGACAAAGUUCAUUUUCACAGACACUCGAGGACACAUACCGGUGAGAAACCUUAUAAGUGUGAUGUCUGUGUAAAGGCUUUUAAUGAGAGAGGACAAUUAAAGAGACAUGUGAGGAUACACACAGGUGAUAAACCUUAUAAAUGUGACGUCUGUGGCAAGGCAUUCACUCAAAGAAGUGAUUUACAGAGACACAUCAGAAUACACACAGGUGAUAAACCUUAUACAUGUCAUUUCUGUGGGAAGGCAUUCACUCAUUCUGGCCAUGUAAAGCAACACAUGGUGGUACACAGACGUGAAAAUCCAGGUGACAUCACCCAGCCAUGUAAAGGCACACAAGAGCAUAUAAAAGAUGACACACUUUGUCAAUAAAAACACAAUAUGUUUAUGAGGAGUAGCAUGCAAACAAAGUUUAAAAGAUAAACUACAUGAAUACAAUUAUUAUUUUUUUUUAAAAUGUGAUAUGUUGGCAAUCCUAUGUAUAUUUAGAAUGUAAAAUGAAAAAUUGGUAUUUGUAGUGUUGAACAGUUGACUAACAGACAUGUUUCAGUGGCAGUGACUCGAUGGUUAGAGCUUUUGCUCAGUGGGGUUGAGCUCUGUUCAUGCUUUGGAUGCAUCAAACUGUUGAAACUUAGAGGUAGCAGGGGAUAGUUUCAUGUUUAAAUGCCGGUCAACUUUCUUUUAAA